AUGAGCAGCAGCGAGGAGAGUUCUUUUCUGCAAAACGACAAGGGGAACAACAGCGACAAUGAAGAAGGGAAAGAAAAUCUCGUGGAGAAAGGUGGGGGAAGCGACGAGGGUUCAGAAGUUAAGUUAAGGUCGAGGAGCGAUGUUACGAACGAGACAGAUAACCUCGUGAAGGAAGACGUGGAGCCCAGUGAAGGUACAAGUGAACAUGAUAAAGCGAGUGCAAAGGGGAAACCGCGUAAGGAGUAUAAGAGGAGGACAAAAGAGGACGCGUCUGAAAAGUCCUAUGCAAGCUGCAUGAGUCUACACUCCCUUAGCGAUGUCGCUAAUGCAGAGGAUGUGAAAAGGAAGAGCGAAAAGAAAAUGGAUAAAAAAAGUAGCAGCCAUAGAGUGAAGAGGCACAAGGGGGAGAAGCGAAGGCGUCGUGGGAGUAGCAGCCAUGGUAGAAGCGGAAGCCGCCGCAGAAGCGACAUCCGCCGUGGACGCGCCAGCAGUGGAGAAAGCCGCUACGGCAGAGAGCGAAAAGAACGCAAAAGGAAGAAGGAGGUCAAGAAGAAAAGGAAGCACAAGAUGGGAGAUGGAGCAGGGGACGGAGGAGGACGAUAUAGCAAGCUGAGCAGCUUCAGCCUGUCUAGCAGCUACACCGAUGAUGAUAUAGACUUAGAGAGCAUGAGCGAUUUUAAUUACAAGCGGCAAAAGAAAAUUCAAAAAAAGGCCACCAGUGAUUAUCCUUCCAGUAAAAACCACCAUCAUAGGUAUGGUGAAGAGAAAGGAGACAGAAAAAAACGGCACGACGAAACAAAAAGGGGAUCUUCAAAUUUGGUCUCGAAGAAAAAAAACGGAUCCACCAGGGGACUAAGCAAAGACCCUUCCUACUCAAUUAGCCUAAGCUCAGAAGGAGAAUCAACAAAGAGAAAAAAAAAAAAAAAAAAAAAAAAAUUGGCAGGUGAGCGAAGUGGAAGAAGGACAAAACGAGGAAGCACCGAGGAACACAAUUAUAAACAUAACUCAAGGGUGCACAACGGAGAUGAUAAUAAAUUCAACAACGCAAAGUACCAUUAUUGGAGGGACAACUCAGGGGAGUCUCCCUCCGAGGAGCAUCGUAUGUAUGACCAUGAUGAUGGUAGGAGUUCGCUUUGUAAAAAGCAUUCACAGAAAGGUACCACGAAGGGACAUACAAACAUUUUUGAGGGGGACCAAAAACGAGGUAGCGAAAAAAGACGAAUGGAAAAAAAAAAAAAAAGUAAAAUAAGAAAAGAAAAUAAAGCAUAUAAGGCAAGCCUACAUGGGAGAAGAAGUGAUGCAGAUGAGUAUGAGUCUACUACAGACUCCACAUCCAAUGAAGUGCAGUCUCGAUCAAGUCAUGUCCCCACACGUAAAAAAAGAAAAGCCUACUUGAGUGAUGCGGAGUCUACUGAUUUAGCCGUUUCACUUAGCAGUGACGAUAGGUCUCGAGCCAGAGGAAGGGGGUCAUAUCAUGACACAGCAGUAAUGGUGCGAAGCAAACGAGAGAGGACUGGAGGUAGGGUAGCGGCGGAGGGUCUGCAUCACAACCGCUAUGAGGACGAUGACACGUAUUAUUUCCACUCCAGAUUGAAGAGAGGAGACCCCUUCAGGGAGGGAAGACCGAGAAUGACGGACGAGGAGGGAGUACCUAUAUUUAGGGAUCGCGAAUGGCAACCCUAUGGAGGGACACAUCAUCGUGAGUUUGAAAAAAAAAGAAAAAUGUAUUUGGAGAGGGGGGAUGGAAUAGGUCAUGCGACGUACCACCACGACACGUACGAUCACGUCACGUACAACCACAUGGCGCGCCCCAAUCAGCAGCGCAACUACGAUCACAGUGAAUAUAAAAAGGAUGUGGCCGUUUUAAUUAAGACCAGAAGACAGGAGUAUUACCCACAGCAUGGUAAACACAGAUUCGAACAAGUUAGUAUCCCCAAUGGGAUGAUCAACAGGGACAAGACGUGUCCCUUUCUCCUGCGCCUGUUCUAUAAGCUAGACGAUGAGUACAAUGACGUGGAGGACGUGAAUAUUUGUAAGCAAAGCGGAGUACAGAGCAACGAGCUGCAAAUAUAUGGGUGGCUCGACAUCACCAUGCGUGAGAUCGUAACACUAGUUAAAGAUUUUUACCAGGAGAGCCGGAAGAGGGAUGCUCACUGGGUGUUCAAGGUAUACUCCAACGAGAACAAGAAAUUGACCUUCUUGUCCCGUGUCCACAGUACCAAGUACAACUACAGGGAGGACAACAAGACGUUGCUGUCGUUGGACUACGAGAUCGGAGACAUUCUUCUCCUCUCCAUUAUGUUUGAGAGACAGGCCACGUAG